UCAAAUCAGUUACAUACAGAACGUCGUCCGAAGCGGAUUGAAUUAAAGCGUACUCCCAGCGAAAAAAAGUAUUUAUCAUCGAUUUUUCAAAUAGAAUUUGAAUUGUUUGCACAAAUUGAAAACGAACAUUUAAAGUGAACGAAAAAUGUGUGGAAUUUUAGUAGUAAUGUCACCAACGGGUGAAAUAAAAAUUUCGCCAAAAUUCGGUAAACGAAUUCGUUCGAUACGUGAAAUGGCGUAUAAACAGUCGAAAAAGCAAAGACAUCGCGGACCGGAUCAUACAGGUGUUGUAGAGUUGCCGGAUGACGGUAUUAUUUUUGUGCAAGAACGUUUGGCCGUUUUGCUUCCAGAAACCGGUGACCAACCAUUGAAAUCGAAAGAUGAAUCAAUUGUAUUGGCGGCAAAUGGUGAAAUUUACAACUAUUUGGAAUUGUCAGCUGAAAUUGCAAAGCAAAAAGGAAAAUAUGUACCUCGCAGUGAUUGUGAUGUUAUCAUUGCAAUGUAUGAAGAAUUUGGCAGCGAAGAAUUUAUGCAUCACAUAAGCGGUAUGUUUUCAUUUGCAUUGUACGAUAAGAAUGCAAAACGAUUACUGGUGAGCCGUGAUCCAAUUGGCAUCAUUCCAUUGUACAUGGGCGUCGAUGAUAUGGGAAAUUUAUGGUUUUCCAGUGAAGUGAAGUGUUUAGUUGACGUUUGUGAUACAGUAAAAGACUUUGAACCGGGCACAUUGUUAACAGUGGAAAAUGGCAAUGUUACACAGACGAAAUACUAUCAGCCGACAUGGAUUAGUGAAAUCCCGACGAGAAAAGCUGAUUUAACAUUGUUGCGACAGCAAUUAAUUAAUGCAGUUCGAUCACAUUUACAAUCAGAUGCACCGUUUGGGUCAUUGCUGUCCGGUGGUGUUGACUCAAGUUUGAUUGCUUCAAUUGCAACGCAAAUUUUACGCGAACGUGAUCCGAACUAUCGUUUGAAAACGUACAGUAUUGGUUUGGAAAAUGCACCCGACUUUAAAUACUCCAACAUGGUAGCAGAUUACAUUGGCAGCGAUCAUCGUGAAAUUAUCUUCAAAAUUGAAGACGGUUUGGAUUGUAUACGUGAUACAAUCUAUCAUACAGAAAGUUAUGACAUUACAACCGUUCGAUGCAGUAUUCCGAUGAUAUUAAUGGCACGUCUUAUUAAAUCAGAAGGUUUGAAGAUGAUAUUAAGUGGUGAGGGUGCCGAUGAAAUUUUCGGCGGAUAUUUAUAUUUUCAUCAAGCGCCAAACGCACAGGAAUUCCAUCAUGAAUUGGUCAAACGAGUAUUGCAGCUGCAUAAAUUUGAUUGUUUGCGUGCCAACAAAGCAACAAUGUCAUACGGUUUGGAGUUGCGCGUUCCAUUUUUGGAUACAGAUUUUCUAAAUCAUUCGAUGAGCAUUCGGCCAGAGGAUAAAAUGGCCGGUAUUAAAAAUCAAUUUGCACAAGAAAACGGUCGUCGCGUUGCUCGCAUUGAAAAGCAUAUUUUACGAGCUGCAUUUGCCGAUGAUUAUUUACCCGAUGCCGUUUUGUGGCGACAAAAAGAACAAUUCUCCGAUGGUGUUGGAUAUUCAUGGAUUGAUUCGAUUCGUAGUUUUGCCGAAUCACAAAUUGACGACGCUGAAUUCGCAAAAGCCAAUGAAAUAUACCCAAUUAAUACACCAGCGACGAAAGAAGCAUUUUAUUAUCGCGCUCUGUUCGAAGAAAUAUUUCCGGGUGAUACAUUCGCAGAUACAGUGACGAAAUGGGUGCCACGAAUCGAUUGGGGGUGCAACCAAGAUCCAUCUGGUCGAGCACAAACAGCUCAUACAGCUGCUUACAAAGAUAAAUAAAAAACCAAAUAUGUUUUCUUUUUUUAUAAUUUUCAAAAAUUUAUUUUUAUCAUAAAAUUUAUCGGAUAAAAUCUGAAUUUUUCAUUUUCGAUUAGAUUGUUAAGUUUAAAUUUAAACAUAAUUUGGUAUCACCGAUCACAAACAGGAAUAUACUCUAGGCAUAAGACUUCAUAUGUAUAACUGAUUUUUUGGCAUGGUUAUAUAAUAAAUUAAACGAGUAUUUAUUUACUUUGUAUACAAUAUAAAAAUAAAAUCCCUUUUCUCCAUUCAUUCUAGAAACAUGAA